UUGCUCCUCAGGCACUGGGAUAUGGUGUAACCAUGGGCAGUAAGAUGGCGGCUGCCACUAGAGUCGUACAGGUAGUCAAGCCACAUACUCCCUUAAUAAAGUUCCCAGACAGAAAAAGUAGUCCCAGACCUAAAAUACUGGAAUCUCUACAAACAAGUAUGCCAUCUCUUGGUGCUUCAAAAGCACAGGAGUCUGUAGGAGGCAGUUCACCAGGAUUUCAAAAUAUUUCACCUGUUAGUGGAGUACAAGGUAUACCAGACACUUCUGAAUCAACAAGAACCUUGCCUCAGAAAUACAGACGAAAACUAAUGUCAGAUGAAGAGACUGAAUAUAUUCAACGUGGAGGUCCAGAAUAAAUAUAGAAGAUUAUUUGCCACUGUUGAAGAAUGAAAUAUUACAUUCAAAAUAAAGGCAUUUCCUUAAUAUUACGAUUGUGAUGCUGGUUUGGGUUUUGCCUUUUUUUCUAUGUUCUCUGUAUUCUUCGCACAUAUAUUUGUAGCUUUGUAGCCUAUUGGAUUAGUGACUCAUUUUCCCAGUACUUUUCCAUGGCCUUUCCCUAGGCAGAAAGACAAAACAAAUUCCAGAGCUCCAAACCCCAGGAGGUACAAGGCUCUGUGCUAUCUUGGUUCUUCCUGGGAGCCAAGGCUGAGAACAACCCUUUGAGAUACAUGCUCAUGGAAAAAGUACAGCUAAUGCUGAAGGAGGGGGCUCCAGAGAAGGGGCUUGACCUGGAGAGGAAUUGCAUCACCACUUGUCCUCCUAAUUGGUGCUUUUUACCAAUUAUGCUAAUUUCCUAAAAUUUAUAGAACUGUAUUCGCCCCAUGUGGAUGGGCUUUUGUGGCCAUCUUUCCAUAACUGCUCCUGAAGGUCUUCAAAUAAAGAUCCUCUUUUAUAUUACCUCCUUACUAAAAUUAUCUUGAGUUUCAUUUCCAGGUUGGGCCAAAGGCAACAGUUAUUCUGGCACACCCAGACGGGACAAGAGAACCUGGUACCCUUCCCCCAGAUCAGAAACAUCCUGCAAGGAAUUCUUUCCUGCCACAAUCUAAAGAAUUCCAUGCAGCAGCCUGAGGUUGAGACACCAUGGUUCCAAGAUCCUGCAGGAGGUAAUAUAAAGACCAUUACAGGGUCAUGGACUUUCAUCGAGGAAGAAGAGAGGAGCCUUCCUCCAGCGACCACCAGAGAGUAGAAGAAGACCGCCUAGCAACAGAGGGCGCAAGCGCAGAGUACAUCCAGAGAUACCGCGGACACGGAAGAAAGAGAGUAUAAAAAGACUCUGGGGAGGGGGAAACGGUGUGAGCCGUUUGCGGAGCAGGGGCUCCCUGGCUGCACCCAGCGCUGUUUGCUUGCCAUCGCUUGCUGUAAUCAAUAAAUUUCUU